AUGAAAGCGGGGAUAUAUUUUGUGUGUCUGUGUGUUUUAUCCAACAUAAUUGUUGUGUCUGCCAUACUGGACGUUAUUGUCGGUGCUGUCGCGUAUAUUACAGACCGUCUUUUCCAAAAGGAUGAUUUACUGGAACCUUUUGAUUAUGAACGUUUGAAGACGGAUCUAAAGGAUUCACUGUACGGUCAGCACAUUGCCUCUGAAGUUGUUUUGAAGGCUGUAUCUGGAUUCAUGACAGACAAACAUCCAUCGAAACCACUGGUCCUAUCCUUUCACGGUAGCACGGGAGUGGGGAAAAACCACGUUUCCAACAUAAUUGCCAGAAAUAUUUUUACAAAAGGAGAAAACAGCGAGCACGUACAUGUGUUCAUUUCUGAGCAUCACUUCCCCCUCAAGGAGCAAGUCGAAACUUACAAAUUUCAGCUAAAGCAGUGGAUCCGUGGAAAUGUGUCCAGUUUUCCUCGUUCCAUGUUUAUAUUUGACGUAAUGGACAAGAUGAACCCCGGGCUCAUUGACGCGAUUAAGCCCUUUCUAGACCAUUAUUCUCACGUUGAUGGAGUUUCUUACCGCGAGGCUAUUUUCAUUUUUCUCAGCAAUGCCGGCGAGAGCGUCAUUGAAAAGGUCGUUCUUGACUCUUGGAGGGAUGGUGAAAAGAGGGAACAGCUACAAAUGAACAGUCGUGACAUGGAAACGAAGAUCUUCAAGGACGUCUUUAAUGCUAACAGCAGUGGAUUUUGGCACUCCACAUUGAUUGACGCUCAUCUGAUUGACCAUUUUAUCCCUUUCCUACCUCUUGAGUACCGACACGUCCGUCAGUGUGUUUUAGCUGAGAUGGCUGCGCUUAACAUCACAGCCAACGACGGUUUCGUGGACAGAGUGGCCCAGAAUCUGCCUUACUUUCCCCCAGAGGAGAAAAUCUUGUCUGUCAAGGGCUGCAAGACAGUCAAACAAAAACUGCUUGUACACAUUUAA